AUGGAAUUCUUCCGACCCUUCUGGGAGAGCUCCCACAAAGAUAGCCCUGACAAUGAUACCCUCGACAAUGAUGGCCCCGAUGACAAUAUCCCCGACAAUGAUACCCUCGAUAAUGAUGGCCCCGACAAUGAUGGCUACGACAGUGACAGUUCGGCCGGCACGGUCGGCGUGGGCCUCCAGUACAUCCAGCCUAGUUCCACAAAUGCCCGCCCAGCCUCCCAAGAAGCAAAGUCGGAUGCCUCUACGGAAGACAUGAAGGCUGUGGUCGAGCACGUGCAUGAGAUACGUGGUCAGGAAAGCGUCCUUGGGAAACCCUUUGAGUAUAGGACUAGAAGAAGCGGCGCAUCUCUCCUCUUGAAUAAAUCCGACGAGGGCGUUCUGGCCCUGCGACGCGUAUUUACCGAAGACUGCAAGACGCUGAUCGAUACUUUUCUGGAUGUUCAAAGUCCUUUGAUCCUGAGGGCCUUGAUGGAGGCAAUUCCGGAGGAGAAAGCAAGGCUGGAAAGCAAACCUUCGUUCAAGUGGCCAUGUGACCGUCUAUUUCGAAAUCGUUGGAAAAUCCACGACGCGGCUGUCAAUGAGGGCGAAUUGUGCGUCAAGCAUGUAGCCGUGCUCUUGGAUUUCAUUCUAGAAGAGUACCAGUCUCGGCUUCGGGACAUCGAUGCCAUGCUUCCCAAGGGCACUGCGAGCUUUGAUAUCUUAGCGGACGCCUUUUCCCCCGGUGAUAUGGUCGUCGAUGGGGUUUCCGAGGGUGCGCGGGCCUAUCGAGUGACCAGCUCCUACUAUACGAGUUCACUGCCAAGGGAAGUACCGAACGGGUCUGUGACUUUCGUCAUCGAGUACGAAUAUGUCGACUACGAUGGCCAGACUUUUGGAACCGUAUCUCGCCAUGCGGACAUUGCUCGGUUUGAGGGGAUCCGUUACCUGACCGAGCUGGCGUUGAUUCCCUUCGGUUCCCACCCGAAUACUGAAGCUCUCAGAAGAACUUUGAUGAGACGAGGCCUACAGUUCGAGGAGCUGAAGGGACAUCAUUUCAAGGCAUACUGGGAUCCCCGAAGCGAGGCUCCUGUUCGGGUUGUUGUUAAUACCCUCGUCAUCCGUGGAUUGGAACCGCGGAUGCGUGUUAAAGUAAACGACAUGUCAGCGAGACUAGAUAGUGGCCAGCUGAAGGUAGAAGAUCUGAUGAUCUGCACUGACAAGAUCCCAUAUUUCUCACUGGAUGAAAAGGCGUUUCUCUGGGGAGAUCCGGAGCAUUUCGAGACAAUCGAGUUCAACGGCGAACUUUGGGAUGAGCUCAUUCUCCCCGAGAGUACCAAGCGUGUUCUGCGUUGUAUGACGGCAAACCAUCUCAAAGGACACAAAUUUAACGAUGUCAUUGCAGGCAAAGGAAAAGGGCGUGUGGUCCUCCUUCACGGACCACCGGGAGUUGGGAAGACGUUGACCGUGGAAGCAAUCGCCGAACACAUCGAACGUCCCUUGUACACUAUCACUCCCGGCGAGCUCGGUGUGUCCAGCGUCGACAUAGAGCGAAACCUGCGCCGGGCCCUAGACAUCUCCACGGCCCUCCGUGCCAUUCUCCUCCUUGACGAAGCAGACAUAUACAUGGAGCAGCGGGUACCGGGCAAUAUUGCUCACAACGCCACCAUUGCCGCGUUCCUUAGGCUGCUGGAAUAUCACCAAGGAGUCAUGUAUCUCACCACGAGCCGACCCCAUCUCAUAGACACGUCCUUUCAUUCACGCCUCCACUACUGUGUUAAUGUGCCGAUCCCCAGUGGCAACGAUCGAAAGGAAAUCUGGGCGAACUUCGUGCGUCGGACUGGGGGGAUCAAGCUCCCACCUAAAGAACUCGGCGAGAUUGCCCUUCAAACCCUCAGCGGCCGCCAGAUCAGGAACACCCUCUCUAUGUGUACAGGGCUGGUGGCCGAGGAAGGCAAUGUUGGACCGAAAACGAUUGGUGCUAUACUGACUACAAUGGGGUAUGAUCAGGGCUAA